AUGGUGAAUGCAGCAAGUGGUGGAGGGCUAGUGAAUAAGACUCCAGGAGAUGCAACUAGGUUGAUUGCAGAGCUAGCAGAAAAUUCUAGGCAAUUCAGUCAGAGAACUCCCACGCGCCGGGUGAAUUUAGCAAAUUCGAAUACAACUGAGUUAGAGAGUCAAGUAGCUGAUUUGACUUCUAUGAUGCGUGAGUUCAUGGUGAACUCAAGGAAUCCACAGCAACUGAAUGCUUGUGGUUUAUGCACCUCCAUGGGACAUCCCACUGAUGCAUGUCCUCAAUUACAAGAGGAGCAGAAUGAGCAGGCCAACGCCUUAGGUUUUCAAGGGCAAGGUCCGCAGAGAAGAUAUGAUCCCUUUUCAAAUACCUACAACCCAGGAUGGAGAGAUCAUCCAAAUUUGAGAUAUGGGAAUUCCCAAGGAAACCAACAACAUCAGCAUGCUCAAGGUCAACAACAGUUUCAGCAAUAUAGGGCACCGUUCCUAACACCUCAAGGCCAAAGCUCUAAUUCAGGUAAUAUGUCAACUAAAGAAAUGAUUAGAUCACUAACUUCUAAUGUUUCUACCAUGCAGCAGAAUAUGAUGCAGUUUCAACAAGAAACUAGAUCAAGUAUUCAAAACCUGGAGAAUCAAGUCAGUCAAAUCUCAAGUGCAGUAAGCCGACUUGAAGCUAAGGACUCUGGAAAGCUUCCAUCCCAAACAGAGCUGAACCCUAAGCAACAAGUUAAUGCAAUAACAUUGAGAAGUGGCAAAAAGUUGCAAGAAACUGUAGUUGCACCUAAGAAGGCUAAAGACUUGAUUGGAGUUGAGGAAGAGGAAGUAGAACAAGAAACUAAGGCGAAUCCGCCAACCUUUACCUCUUAUGAGCCUGUGCCACCUUUCCCAGAAGCCUUGCAAGAUACUCGAAGGUGUGAGAAAGACAAGGAUAUUUAUGAGACUUUCAGCAAAUGUGAUGUAAAUAUGCCCCUCUUGAAUGUGAUUAAAAGUGUUCCUCGUUUUGCUAAGUUUAUGAAGGAACUGUUUUUCCAAAAGAAACUCCCAGAAAAAUGUGGUGAUCCUGGUAUGUUUACUAUUCCUGUUACAAUAGGAGACACCACAUUACACCGAGCCAUGUUGGACCUAGGUGCAUCAAUCAAUGUCAUUCCCUACUCCCUGUUUAAAUCUUUAGAACUUGGGCCUUUGCAUGAAACUGGGGUAGUAAUUCAGUUAGCUGAUAGGUCCAAUGUAUAUCCUAAGGGGGUAGUAGAAGAUGUACUUGUUAAGGUUGAUGGAUUGAUCUUUCCUGCUGACUUUUACGUCCUUGACAUGGAACAUGACAAACAAGCAGCCCCCAUCCUGUUAGGAAGACCUUUCUUAAAGACUGCUAAGACAAAAAUCGAUGUGUCUACCGGUUCUUUGACUAUGGAGGUUGAUGGGAAAGCAAUUGUGUAUAACAUUUAUGAUACCAUAAAGUAUCCUGUUGAUACUCAUUCUUUAUAUUCUAUAAAUGUUGUCGAUCCAAUAUUGCAUGAUGUUUCUAACAUUGAUCAUGGGGAUGAGCUCCUCACACCUAUUACUAAUGUUGUGUCUGGUGAUUGCUUGGAAUCUUCUAUACCUACUAAUGUGCAGGUGAAGGUGGCGGAAUUGAAUGAACAGUCCAAGCUUCCACCUAUACCACUAGGGGCAACACCCACCCCGUCAUCAUUUCCGGGCAAGAAAUUAUCCCAGGUAUACCACAAAGCAAAGAAUAAGGUGUGGCAUGACAAGAUGAGCUCCCGUUGGAAGGGUCCAAUUCAAGUUGACAAGGUCUAUCCGCAUGGAGCGGUAGAAAUUCGGAGUUUAGAGACCAACAACAUGUUCAAAGUGAAUGGAAAAAGGCUCAAACCAUACUACGAAGGGUUCAAGGUCGAGAAUUUGGAGAACAUCAAUCUCUACGAGCCAUCAAUUGAUUAA